GGAGCAAAGCGCUGGGGCUGGUGAAGCAGGAGGGAGAGAAGGAAGAAGGAGAGAAGGAAGAAGGAGGAUGGCACCACUGCGGGGGGCAGAGGAGCUGUGUGAAGAUCGGGAUGGAGACCCAGCAGCGGGUCCGGGGUUGCGGUUCUUCACCUGGGAGGAGAUCGGGCAGCACAAUGGGAGGGGGACGGGGACGCAGGAGCGGUGGCUGGUGAUCGAGAGGAAGGUGUAUGACAUCAGCCGUUUCUACCGGAGGCACCCGGGAGGGGCCCAGCUCAUCACCAGCUAUGCCGGGCAGGACGCCACGGAUGCUUUUGAAGCAUUCCAUGUCGACAAGGUGCUGGUGAGCAAGUACUUGAAGUCACUGCAGAUCGGGGAGCUGGCGCUGGAUCAACCCAGUAUUGAGCCCACUAAAAAUAAAAUGCUGGUGAAAGACUUCCGAGAACUGCGAGCUGCUGUGGAGAAAAUGGGGCUUCUGGAGCCAAAUCAACUCUUCUUCUUCCUGCUCCUCGCUCACAUCCUCCUGUUGGAUACCGCUGCUUGGCUCAUUUUGCUCUACUUCGGGACAUCCUUAAUGCCCUUUAUCGUCUCUCUGGUGGUGCUGACCAUUUCCCAGGUCCAGGCCGCAUGGUUACAACAUGAUCUUGGGCAUCUUUCAGUAUUUGGGAAGACCAAGUGGAACCACUUACUGCACAAGUUCGUGAUGUGCCAUUUGAUUGGGGCAUCAGCCAAAUGGUGGACUCUUCUGCACUCCCGGCACCACGCCAAACCCAACUGCGUCCAGAAAGAUCCCGAUGUCGAUAUGCACCCUUUCUUGUUUACCUUGGGGAAGAAAUUGUCUGUGGAGCUUGGGAUCAAAAAGAAAAAGUACAUGCCAUACAAUCACCAACACAAAUACUUCUUCAUCACUCUUCCUCCGCUCCUGUUUCCCACCUAUUUCCAGUGCCACACGUUUUACAUUGCGUACACCAAAAGGUAUUGGGUGGACUUGGCCUGGAUGAUGACCUUCUAUAUCAAAUUCUUUUUUAUUUAUGGAUCAUUAUUAGAAAUAAAGAGUCUCCUGGCGUAUUAUUUUAUAUUCAGGAUGCUGGAGAGCAGCUGGUUUGUCUGGGUUUCACAGAUGAACCACAUCCCUAUGGAUAUUUACUAUGACAACAACUUGGACUGGGUGUCCACGCAGCUCAAGGCAACAUGCAAUGUCGAGCAGUCUCUGUUCAACGACUGGUUUACUGGGCAUCUGAACUUCCAGAUUGAACAUCACCUCUUCCCCACAAUGCCCAGACACAACUACUGGAAGGUGGCUCCUCUGGUGAAGUCCUUGUGUGCCAAACACGGCAUCGAGUACCAGUGCAAGCCGUUGCUCAUGGCUUUCGCAGACAUUGUGCACUCUCUGAAGAGUUCGGGGGAGCUCUGGCUCGAUGCCUACCUACACAAAUAAGAUGACAAGGCUUGAUGGCACCAUUCACAGCCUGCCAUACCUUGGCAUUCCCAGCAAGCUGAGGAACAGGGACCUUCUCCAAGGGAGAAGAAAAUGGAUAAAAGCUGAAGGAUCUAAAUCCAAUAGAUAUGAAGCUACUUGAAUUUUACUUUUGGUCUUUCCUGGUGUUUUGGUUCAGAUACAUUAAGAGCGGACAGGACGAGCAGGAAAUGAAUGGUUAGAACAAGGAGAAACUCUUCACUAACUACAUCCGAGUCAAUAUGGCCAAGAGCAUUUCUGAGCCUGAGUAUGUGUUCAAGUCACAUUAUGGACUAGGGCAGCUAUACACACUUCAUGUCAGAGUCCUCUGACCAGUUGCAUUGUUUUUUUCUGGUACUCCUUGUGUGGAUGGUUUAAAGCUCAAUAUGAAAUUCGCUUAUUUGAAGCCAUUUGAAAUUGUACAGGGUUUGAAUUAAGGUGGUGUUCCAGCAAUGUGUUUACAUUGUAAUAAAUUAUAAUAAACUACAUAUCACACUUA